UUUAAGGAAGCGUCUAAUCUCGCAUAGAUCCCCCUUUUUAUGCCGCAAAUAUUAAUAUGGAAAAAUCAGCCAAUUUUAUAUUCCUAACCGCCGAUCUGAACGGAUUCUCGCGCCGUCCAUGCUUAUCUGAUUGCAAUUUCCCUAGUUUAUAUAUAUAGUUAUUAAUUUAUUCCUGUUUUUAUCCAAAUUGCUGUCAAGUUCAGUUCAGAGCUGCUAUUGCGUUUGAUUUUAUACAAGUUUUGUAAUUUUAUGGCUGCCAGUGCUAAUCCUUCACCUCCUGCGAAUAGCAACGGCGCUAAUUCCGCCACAUCGGACAAGGCCAACGGCGGCGGGGCGUCGGCCAAGGAGAAUUCCGCGCUAGAGCCCAACCAGAGAGGGCUCCGCCACAAUCCUGGUUUAUCCCUUGAUUGGACCACUGAGGAACAGUCUAAGCUCGAAGAUUUGCUGGCAAAAUAUGCCUCAGAAACAACUGUUGCCCGGUAUGCACUAAUUGCUCAAGCACUACGGGAUAAGACAGUUCGGGAUGUUGCAUUACGUUGCAGAUGGAUGAGUAAAAAGGAGAAUGGCAAGAGAAGGAAAGAUGAUAAUGGUUCAUCAAGGAAAAAUAAAGACAAAAAGGAUAAAGUUUCAGAUACAUUGCCAAAAUCAUCUCAAGUAGCAAACCUCACCAAUGGCCCUGCCUAUGCUCAGUCAGUGAUGUCAGUGGACAGUGAUGACGGAAUCCCAUUUAGUGCUAUCGGUGGUGCUGCUGGACAACUUCUUGAGAGUAACGCUCAGGCCCUGGAUCAAAUUUCUACCAACUUUUCUGCUUGCAAGAUUCAUGAGAACAUCAAUCUCUUUUGUCAAGCUCGAGCUAAUAUCGUUUCAAUCUUAAAUGAGCUUUGUGCAUUUUGUGUUGUGCGUGUGGUGUUGUUGGCGAGUGAUGUACUUGCCCCAUUUUGAAGAAAAAGAAAAUGGGGUAUAAGGGAAGAAGAGUAAUGUGGCAUCUUACUUGCUCAUUUUCUCAUUCAUUCUAUCCCUUUGUUUGGAAAUGUUAAUGGCUGUUUUAUGUCGUCAUACAAAUAUUUACUGAUCUUUACAUGUAUCCUGUCUUGAUAUACUAUAAAUGAUCUCAUCAGUUAAAUGAUCCUAUUUCACAACUUUAAUGUAGAAUUGACUUCAUAGAAAUUAAUGUAGCAUAUUUUUGGAAGGAAAAAAACUUGUGCUCUCCUUAUUUUGAGUCUUGUGUAUGGACCCACUUUUCCGUUAUGCUAUGCUAUCUUUUUUCCCAUAUCUAACUGUUGAGUUCUAAAUUAAUGUCCAUCUUAUAAUCUCAUUCGAUUCAUUUUUGGUGAAACCUCAUUGUCAAGUUUCUGCAUUCCAUAGAUUAAGAAUGUAUCUAUAGACAAUAUCCCAUGUGCUGCGGUUGAAUUAUAGAAGUUGCUAAGAGUUAUGUCUCUGGUUACUGAUAGUCCUCCUCCUGCGUAAUUCAGACAUUCUAAUGAAUC